CACCCUUUCUCAUCCACCUUCACCACCACCGCACCCCCCGCCGACCCCUCUGCAUCCGCCUUCCCACUCUGCACCUGUAGCUGAGCGCAUCGCUUGGCGCUGCAUGGUGGUGCUCUUUGGUCGCCCGCAUCUGAAUUGAGGCAUAUACCGUAUCCGCCAUGGAUCCCCCUCAGCAGCCUAAUUUGAGGGUCACGAUCAUUGCCGCCGACGGCCUGUACAAGCGAGAUGUCUUCAGGUUCCCCGACCCUUUUGCGGUCGCUACCAUUAGCGGCGAGCAGACCAAGACGACCGGAGUCAUCAAGAAGACUCUGAAUCCCUACUGGAACGAGAGCUUUGACAUGUCCGUCUUCCCCACUUCCCAUCCAUCACCUGCUUCCUCUAACCAUUCCCCCAGGCGAGUGACGGAAGAGAGUAUUCUUGCGGUACAAAUCUUUGACCAGAAGAAGUUCAAGAAGAAGGAUCAAGGCUUCUUGGGAGUCGUCAAUGUACGCGUCGGAAGCGUGCUCGACUUGGAUGCCGGUGGCGAUGGUGAGCACCAUCCAUCCUUUCUCCCUCUUUUCUUCCUCCUACGGGUACUGACUGAAGUAGAAAUGCUCACCCGUGAUUUGCGUAAAUCAAACGACAACCUCGUCGUCAACGGCAAACUCAUCCUCAGCCUCUCCACCAACUUGAGGACGCCCAUCGCGAACGGUAACGCGGUUCAACGCCCUCCAUUGUCUUCUGCAGGGGCAUCUCAGAACGGCACAUCCACCCCCAAUCCCGCUCAAUCCACUUCUUCGCUGCAAAACGACCGACCCUCGAGUACCGCUGGAUCGGUUCCUGCCAGCCGAGUCCCCACCAACACCACUUCGGGCCCACCAGCUCUCAAUGGUGCCAACACCUCUUCCCGACGCAACACCGAGUCGGGCUUCAGUGCAUUUGAAGAUGCACAGGGGAGAUUGCCUCCAGGCUGGGAAAGACGUGAAGACAACUUGGGCAGAACCUACUAUGUCGAUCAUAAUCACCGUCAAACCACGUGGAUCAGACCCACGGCCAACUUUAACGCCGGCGAGCAGCGAGUGGCGAUGGAGCAGCAGCAGUCCGCUGAGCGCUCGCGUCAUCAGGCCCGUAUGUUGCCGGAAGACCGGACUGGCACCGGGUCGCCCGACAGUCAAGCGGCAGCGCCAUCGCCGCCGCCAGCGGCUGCUGCCAACCAAGCCAGUGCCGCUCAAAUGGUUGCCACCGGCGCUACUACCGCAGGAACUGGAGAGUUGCCCGCCGGUUGGGAGCAGCGACACACCGCCGAAGGGCGUGCGUACUUUGUCGAUCACAACACUCGCACCACCACCUGGGUGGACCCCCGCCGCCAGCAAUACAUUAGGAUGUACGGACAGAAUGCUGGGGCUGGAAAUAGCACCAUCCAGCAGCAGCCCGUGUCUCAGCUUGGCCCCCUCCCGAGUGGAUGGGAGAUGCGUCUGACCAACACCGCCCGCGUGUACUUUGUCGACCACAACACCAAGACGACUACCUGGGACGACCCGCGACUGCCGUCAUCGCUCGACCAGAACGUGCCGCAAUACAAGCGUGACUUCAGGAGAAAGCUGAUCUACUUCCGAUCGCAGCCCGCGCUGCGAAUCCUCUCCGGACAAUGCCACGUCAAAGUGCGACGUACGCAUAUCUUCGAAGACUCGUAUGCCGAAAUCAUGCGGCAGAGCCCGAACGAUCUCAAGAAGCGCCUGAUGAUCAAGUUCGAUGGCGAGGACGGCUUGGAUUACGGUGGACUGUCGCGAGAAUUCUUCUUCCUGCUGUCCCACGAGAUGUUCAACCCCUUCUACUGCUUGUUUGAGUACUCGGCCCACGACAACUACACGCUGCAGAUCAACCCGCACUCCGGCAUCAACCCGGAGCAUCUGGGCUACUUCAAGUUCAUCGGUAGGGUGGUCGGUCUGGCCAUCUUCCACCGCCGCUUCCUGGACGCCUUCUUCAUCGGAGCCUUCUACAAGAUGAUUCUCAAGAAGAAGGUCGCCCUGUCCGACAUGGAAGGUGUCGACGCCGAGUUCCACCGCACGCUCAGCUGGGCGAUGGAGAACGACAUCACGGACGUCAUCUACUCCACCUUUUCCGUGGAAGACGAACGCUUCGGCGAGAAGGUGACGGUCGACCUCAAGCCUGGUGGGCAGGACAUUGAGGUGACGAACGAGAACAAGCGGGAGUACGUCGAGCUCAUCACCGAGUGGCGGAUCCAGAAGCGAGUGGAGGAGCAAUUCAGUGCUUUCGUCGCUGGCUUCCACGAGUUGAUCCCGGCCGAUCUGGUCAAUGUGUUUGAUGAGAGGGAGCUGGAGUUGCUGAUUGGUGGUAUUGCGGAUAUUGACGUCGAGGACUGGAAGAAGCACACGGAUUACCGUGGCUACACGGAAAGUGACGCCGUGGUGCAGAACUUCUGGAAGUGCAUCCGCGGCUGGGACGCCGAGCAGAAAUCGCGCCUCCUGCAAUUCGCCACCGGCACGUCGCGCAUCCCCGUCAACGGCUUCAAAGACUUGCAAGGCUCCGACGGGCCGCGGCGCUUCACGAUCGAAAAGUCGGGCGAAGAGGCGCAGCUGCCCAAGUCGCAUACUUGCUUCAAUCGCUUGGAUCUGCCGCCUUACAAGUCCUUUGAGCAGUUGCAGCAGAAGCUUACGUGGGCUGUUGAGGAGACUGUGGGCUUUGGGCAGGAGUAGGGGGUUGCAUGGAUGGGGAGAAGGGGGUGUGGAUGCGGUUGUCUGAUCGGGAUCAGAGGGAUGGCGACGAUGAUUAUGAGUGCAAGACACUAUGGAAUGGUAACCUACUUUUCUCUUUUCCCUUUUCCCUUGUUUUCCUUUCGACACAUGGUCAAUGGUGUACAUGAAGAGUUUACCUGUGGAGUCAAGUAGAGGCGUGAAAUGAAUGAGUGGUUUGAUCGUCAUUCCACAUGCUUCUUCCCUACUCUGCUUGCCUGCC